AAAACCGAGCGUUUCUAUGACGUCUCCGUGGACAAUGGUCUGCUCUCGUCGCCUGACACCGAAAUCUUUACCUCUCGAGACGUGCGUCAUUUUGCUCUUGCUGGCAAGGAUCCUUUCAGUGCAUUCUUCGACGGUGUUUCGCGUGUAGGUUGA